AUGUCCGAGUAUAAAAUUAAAAGCUCAUAUUUUUCAACAAAAAACAAAGCCAUAUUAUUAAUAUGUGUAUUUUUUUUUUCAUGCUCAACACACAUAUUUAAGAAUGUGUUCCCUUUUUUAUUUAUGCUUACAAGCUCAUAUGGAAAAAAUAGUAAUAACAUUAAUGAGCAUAAUGUAAAAGUCAAUAUAAAUAACAAUAAAACUAGUAAAUUUUACAAACAAUAUAACAACAAUGUUACGAAUUACGAAAAUAAAAAAUACAAUUAUUAUGAUAAAUAUCUGAACAUAUUAGAAGAUCAGUUUCAUAUAAAUAGUAAUGAUAUGGUUAGACAAAAUUAUAAAGAUGAAAAUAUUUAUGAAAAAUAUUACACAAUUAAAAUAUCAGAAUUAUAUAAUAAUGAAAAUAAUAAAAUUAAUAACCGUUCAAUAUACUUAUAUAGUAAUGUGUUGUCAUUAAUAUAUAUUAGCUCUUUAGUGACAUACAUAUUUAUUUUAUUCUUUGAUUUGAAUAAAAAAAAAUAUAUAUUAAGCAGCUUGUAUAUUAUUAAUUUAAUAUCACAUUGUAUAAUUUUUUUAAUCUUAAACCGUAUACAAAUUAACAACACAAAUAUAAUAAAUAAUAAUUGUCAUAAUUAUAAGCAUAUUAACAUAAUAAAUACUGAAAAUGCUUUACGAGAAAACAAUUAUUAUGAAUUUAAGAGAAAACAAAUAAAUUUAUUUUUCCAUAUUAAUUUAAAGAAUAAUUUUACACACAAAUUUAUUUAUAAUAUAUCCGACAAUCCUACACACAUAUAUAUUAAAGAUUUUGUUAAUCUACCAUGUUAUAGUAACGAAAUGAAUAAGGGUUGUCUUUAUAAUAAUAUGGAUGAAACACAAGUAAAUGAUGAUAUAUACAAUACAAAACAUUUUAAUUUACUUUAUUUAUUUAUUAUAAUUAGUUCUGUAUGUAGCGCAUAUAUAAAAAUAUAUCAAAAAAAAAUAUUAUAUUGUAUAUUUUAUUUAAAUCUUGGUGUUAUAACAUCAUUAUUAAUAUUAAUGAAUAGUAUAUUUAAAAUAAUGGCUCACUCAUUGAACUAUAUUAUGUCAAAUAAUAAUAUGAACAUAAAUAUUAGUGAUUAUAUUCUUAUGUUUUCAUUUAUUGACAUGCUUGGAUUAUUUAUCAUUUUUAUAUUUUCUUAUAAAUGGUCUAAUCAAAAAAAAUUAUGGAUUAAUUUGAGUACAAUCUUUUAUAAUUAUAAAUAUAUUUGUUUUUAUAUUAAUAAAACGUAUUAUUUGUAUUCAACAGAUAAACAUAUUGAUAAUAUAAUUGCACAAAUAGAUAUGUGUAAAGAUCCAAAUGUGGAUAUUACAUUUUCUGCAUAUAUUAAUAUAGAAAAAUCUAUAUUUUAUGAUUUUUUCCUUAAAAAUAAAAAUGAAGAAAACAAGUUAAAUAUUAUAGAAAUUAAAGAUAAAAAUUUUAAAAUAACAACAACUUAUAAUACGAAAAAUACUCAAUAUAAUGAAAAUGACAAGCAUAUAUUUAAAGAUAUUGAAAACCCUAAUAUUACCCCAAGUUAUAAUAGAAAAAAAAAACACAGCCAUACUAUUAAACCUUAUAAAAUUCAUGUAGAAGCUAUCAAUAAAUAUUUGUUUGAGGAAAUGGAAAAUUUAACAAACAUAGAAAAAGAUGAGAAUGGAAAAAUAGUAAUAAACAAAUCUAACAACAAUAAUAGUGUUAUUCCAGACAUCGAGGAUAAUAAAAUUCCAAUUUCUUCGAUAAUAAAUAAUUCUAUUAAUAAAGAUGAUGCUUAUUCAAAUUGUGAGAAUUUAAAUGACAAAAAUGAUAUUUCUAAUUUAUUUUGUGAAAAUAGUAACAUAACUGAUAGUAAAAUAAAUGGCAUUCACUUAUUUAAUGAUAGUAGUAUAAAUAUAAAAGAUAAAGUUGAGGAUGCUAAAAAUAAGAACAAAAUGAAUAAAAAUAGUUUGAAUAUAAAUCUCGAAAUAAAUUCAAACACUAAUAAAAAUUCAAAUAAAAAUUCCAAUGACUUCAUUACGAAUAUAAAAUCUAAACAGCCAAUUAUAGAGGAGGAAUUUGAAAAAACAAUAAAUAUAACAGAAGGAGAAAUAGAAGAAAAAAAAAACAAACUUUUAGUUCCUAACCAUAAUGAAGAUGAUAAAUAUCUAGAUUAUGACAACUAUGAUUUAUCUUAUAAAAAUUAUAAUUCUCCAUUAUUUAUAAAAAGAGAUAAAGAGAUAAAAAAUAUUCAAAAUAAUUUUAUUAUUUUUCAAAAUAUUAAAACUAUUUUUUCAUCAUUUACUUUUUAUUUCUUUUUCUUUAUAUUUAUAUAUGCAUUCUUGUUAUCAAUUAUGCAUAUAUUUAUUAAUUACUUUUUUUACAUAUACUUAUUUGUGUUUAAUAUUAAUAUAUAUAUAUCAAAUAUAUAUACAAUAAUUAUGACAUUUGCAUCAUUAAUAGCUAUACCAUUCUCUGGAUAUAUAAUUGACAACAUCGGAUCAUUUUUAUUCCUUCUCCUAUGUUCUUCCUUUUUUAUUUUAAUAGCAAUAUCUGGGACUAUAUAUUCUUGUGUCUUUAAUUUACGUUCGGAAGUGAUAGCAUUUAUCUCCUUUAACUUAAUAGGUAUAAGUGAGUCUAUCAUUCCUACUGUUAUUAUUUCACAAAUCCCAACCCAUUUAUGCGUAAAAAAAAAUGAGGAUAUCACCGCAGCUUUUGCAAUAUUUGAAUUAGUUUCAAUGCUUAUUGUUAGUGUAAAUAAUUAUAUUUUUGGCUAUUUUUUGAUUAAUAAAGAAUAUUUGAACGGAUUAUACAUAUUAUUUGUUUUUGUCAUAUUAGUGAUUUCUCUUAUAUUUCUACUAAUAUUUACCAUAUAUUGGAAGGCAAGACCAAAUUCCAAAUACGUAAAUACAAAUAAUACCGACAUAACACAGCCGCUUCUUUAA